UUAACACUGUAACCUAUUUUAUGGACUUGCCUCUUUGUAAUUUUAAGUUCCUUUUAUAAGCUGUUAUACAGUAAAUGCCUGGCGCCAAGAGCGGAAGUGGUGACACGUUGUGGCGGAGCGGAGUUUUUGAAAACAAAGGAUAUAAAACAGGAGCCUACGUAUUUGUUAUUUUGUAGUUUUAUACAGUAUAGGCGACAUAUAUAAACCCUCGGUUACAACACCAACACUCACUUAACUACAGCACGGUAGUAUUUGAGCUCAAUUUUAAAUAUUGCAUUUUUAUUCGUCGUAAACAUUACCGCCAUGAGGCAGGAAGUUAGGGAAGCACAGGCGCCUGAUAUUGACGUCAUCACCAUGCGACCCCGGAUAAAACAUUGCUGUUAUUAUUAUUAAUAUUUUUUUAACACUAACACUCACUUAACUACAAUGCUGUAGUAUUUGAGCUCAAUUUAAAAUCAUUUUUGUAUUCUUCGUAAACAUGUUCGCCGUCUGCGUGCGUCGCUAUGGUGACAAAGAGGGACGCUAACGUUUAACGGGAAAUGUAGUCCCAAAGUUGUACUUCUGGUGCGGCAAACACGGCCUAAUGACUGCAUUACCCACAGUCCUUUGCGAUAUCAUUUGAUGCGAGUCAUGGUUAGAGUGCUUCUUCUUUGAUGCCACAGUUUAAAAUAGUGAGGAAAAGUGUAAAAUAGUGGCUUUGAUCAUAUUUUAAAGAACUGGUGUUUUCCACCAAAUAUGGCCACCGCGUUAGCAGCUCAGGAUCCUCACCUGUCAAGGUGUACAAAAGCUGGCCAGAGCGGGCCAACAAAGACAUCUGAAGCCAAGACGCGCGUGAGGAAGGAGGACCUCGGUCUCUGGAGGAAGCGAGUGGGGGAGGCCUCGGCGUUCGCUCUGUCCGAAGUCCUGCUCCCCAACAAAGGCCGCUCAGGGGGUCUGGCCGAGGCGCUGCGAAGCUUGGAGCAGUGGCGGGACGAGGACGACACCAACACUGAAGCUCAGCUGCUUCUGGCGGACUGGCUGGACAGGACCUUGCAGCUGGAGCCGGAAGGCGAGGAGGAGGACAGGAUGGGUGGGAGCUGCACGGCACCGACUCCCAACUUGAAGUACAACAACUUUGACGAUCUAUACACGCACCUGGACGAGGAGGAAGAGCACUGCGCCGUCAGCAACUUCCUGCACGACCUGCAGGAGCAGGAAGUGCUGGACGCUCGCACCAUGGAGCAGCUGACACAGGACGCCAGGCACAGGAAGUUUAACGACCCCCUGGUCACCAUGCAGGUGCGCCACCAGCAGGUGCGCGAGAAGAGAGCCCGGCGGGACGCAGCCGGCGAGGAGGCCCGGAGGAGAGAGCGGGAGCUGGAGGAGAGAAGGAAGAGGCAGGAGGCCAGGAGGAGGCAGGAGGAGAUGGUGAAGCAGGAGAUAGUCCGACUGCGGCGGCAGAGGGAUGAGAGGAAAGGCCUGGAACUGCUGCUGAGGCGCAGGGAACGUCUGGAAGGUCAAAGAACAGCCAGGAGCCUCCAUCCGGCUCUUCCAUCUCCCACAAUGCAUCAGGAUAAAAAGUCGCCCCCAGCGGAUACAAAACGGCGGCAAGAAAAGAGGGUGGAGAUCUUUGUUCACCUGCACAAGCUGAAGUGUCAGCGCCAGCAUUUCUCCCGAUGGUACUCGCUGGUGCUGGAGCGGAGGCUGCGUGCGGGCAAGGCCAAGGCCUUGUGUGACUGGAGGUGGCAGCUGAGAGCCUGGCGAGGGUGGCGUGCCGUGGCGUGGACCCAGAGGAACCAGCGAGAAGCCUUGAGGACCGAGGAGGCGCUGCGGACAGAAAACAGGCGAUGCCAGCUGGCUGCCGAGAGCGACCGCAGACGGUUGCUACGGCGAUGUCUGCACGAGUGGUGGCUGCGGUGCCGGCUGGAGCGAGACAAGCGGGACCUGUUGGCCCAGCAGCACGAGACCCGGAUCAAGAUGGCCACCCUGAUCAGCGCCGCCACCACGGGCCGAUUACGAUCCCCCAACAUGUUGGAUGCCCAGAAUGUGCUGCAGGUAGAACCCCACAAGCACCCUACAAGCCGACGCUCUCAGCCCCGGCAGCAGGUUCCACGCCGCCGUGCGGAGCUGGAUAAGCGCCGGCCGGGCCCAGAGGAGGACCUGACCCGCCCAGAGGAGAACCUGACCCGCCCAGAGGAGGACCUGACCUGCCCAGAGGACCUGCAGGGAGGCCACUUCCAGCACCGCCAUGCGGCCCAGAAGAAGAUCAUCUUGCAGCAGAAGAAGCGGCUGAAGGAGCAGCAGGAGGAGAUCACUCGGCUCAAGCAGGACAAGGUCACGUCCACCUGGGAGGACAAGAGCACCAGAGCACCAACACAAGCAGACAAACCUGACAGCCUCCAUGAAUCUGCAAAGAAAGAUGUGACACGCCAGACAAAAAAUCAUCCAAUCAUCACAGCCAUGGAGGAGCGAGCGCGUGCUCGUGCAGAGAGGAGGAAGCAAAUAGAGGAAGUGCAGAGAGUGAAGCAAGAGGAGAGAGAGGCGGAGCUGCAGGCUGCAAAGGAGCACAAGCUGAGGGAGGAGGAGAUGGAGAAAGUGAAGAAGAAGGAGGAGAAAAAGCUGGCCAUAAUUAAGGAGGAGGAGAAGCGGAGGCAGAGCAGGAAGCAGCAGCAAGCGGUAGAGCACGCCCGCCAACACUACAACACCCGCUUGUUAGGCCACAGAGGUCUGGCGCCAUGGAAACGCCUCAUGGAGCUCAGGCAGGCCAACUCAGAGCUGGCGUGGACUCAUCACGUCGCCGCCCUCCUGAGGCGAUGCGUGCUGGCGUGGAUGCAAUCAGCCGCAGACUCGCUGGCCCAGAAAGAAGCUGGCGCCCAACAACUCCAUCAGAGGAUCCUGCUUCGGAGGAGCUUCACCUGCUGGAAAAAACUGCAGGACCAGCGCCUGCUGCAGGAGCAGAAGGCCGACUCUUUGUACCGCGCCCACACUCUCAGGAGGUUCCUGCACGCCCUGCUGGACCAGGUGGUCCAGGAGAGGUUGCUGGAGCAGGAACGUCAACACAUGGCCCAGGAGCACGACACCAGAGCGGCGCUAUGGCGAGCUUUCCAGGCCUGGACGCGGCUCCCGCACGUGCAGCGCAAGGAGCGAGAGAGGGAGCAGCGGCGGGAGAGACUGGGCCGCAAAGUGAUCGAGGUUCUGCCCGACUUCUGCUCUCGUCCUCAGUGAAGGCUCCGUGGUGCCACACAAACUCCUCACAUUAUCACAAGGGACCACCAGCCAGGCCGGCCAUCGACAGGAACCCCAGACCCCGGACCCACCUGCAGGGCGAGCAGCAGGCCAUAGACCGACGUGCCCGGCAGAGGACAAGGCACGGGAGAAGCAGAGAAAGCCAGCCCCCAAGCCAACUACCAGCUACCUGCAACCUAACUUGGUUGGGCCCGCAGGUGUAGAACAUGUUAGGCAGGAAUGAUCCGCCAGACAAAAACUAAUGACACCUGUUCACCGGCGAGGAGAAGAGGAUCAGACUCAAGAAGACAGAGCAAGUGGUCCAGAACUAACCAAGGUAGUGAGGGACAUAACGCUGGUUUUCUUUACAACGCAAUACAACUAUGGCAGGUGACAUUUUGUUUGUUUGCAUCUCAACAGUUGUUUUUCUCACUAGCAUAGGGCGAAACUAUCCUUUCCCAGGCACACCCUCCUGGUUUUGGAGUAUAAAAUAUUAUGGGUUUUGGCACUAACCGCUGGACGAGAUGUGACCCAUCUAAGUCUAAGCCUAGAUGUGACCAAUCUAAGUCUAAGACUAGAUGUGACCAAUGUAAGUCUAAGACUAGAUGUGACUAAUCUAAGUGUAAGACUAGAUGUGACUAAUCUAAGUCUAAGACUAGAUGUGACCAAUCUAAGUCUAAGACUAGAUGUGACCAAUCUAAGUCUAAGAAUAGAUGUGACUAAUCGAAGUCUAAGACUAGAUGUGACCAAUCUAAUUCUAAGAAUAGAUGUGACUAAUUCAAGUGUAAGAUUAGAUGUGACUAAUUGAAGUCCAAGACUAGAUGUGACCAAUCUAAGUCUAAGACUAGAUAUGACUAAUUGAAGUCUAAGAUUAGAUGUGACUAAUCUAAGUCCAAGACUAGAUGUGACCAACUAAGUCUCAGACUAGGUGUGACCAUCCAAGUCUAAGACUAGAUGUGACCAAUCUAAGUCUAAGACUAGAUGUGACCAAUCUAAGUCUAAGACUAGAUGUGACCAAUCUAAGUCUAAAACUAGAUGUGACUAAUCUAAAUCUGAGACUAGAUGUGACUAAUCUAAGUCUAAGACUAGAUGUGACCAAUCUGACAUUUAUUCCAUGUGGACGACAGCAGCUCUGCUUUUGAAUUAGGACGCCCAACCUUCUGACUGUGCUUUGUCGCCCUCUGGUGGCCAAAUUAGGAGCUACAACAACAAUACACAUUCCAAGGAGUAAAAUGUAGGCCUGAAACAAAAACAGUUUGUCUGGUUUUUUUGCAUGUUGCACCUAACACGCCCCAAUUGGUGUAUUUGUCCUCAUGGUUGUGUUUUAUUUGUGUCAACCAUGGCCAAGAAGAUGUUUCAAUACUGCAAAGGUGAUGUCCAGUAAGUGGGACAGCACCACAAUGUCAAGUAAGUAAGGAGGCAGUGAACAUAGUCGUGUGUAAAAGUGCCAUUUGGAACGUCGCUUAUCCUCAUCGGUCAGUGCACGUUUUGGUCAUUAAUAUUUUCCCAUUAUGAUGAAUGGAAAACGAAAAACAAAACAUUGGUUUAUUUGAAUUUUAUUUUGAAAAAACAUUGAAACACAAAUCGUACUCCUUUUUAGGGUCAAAAAGCAAAAGCCCAUUUAAAAAAAAUAAAAAUAAAUCUGUU